AUGUACACAUCAAAUCCACCGGUCAAGCCCGAAGUGGACGAAAAGAACAGGCAAGACGUUCUUCAUGCAAGCGCAGUCGCCAUGGCGAAGAGAAUGUACAGCCAGCAGCAAAAAGUGAUCGAGCAGACACGACUGGCACAUGGAGAUGACUCAAAUGACGAACCUCAACCUAUGAUCUUUAACAACCUACAGGAGGCGGCUUAUCGGCAAGCGCAGGAACGACUGGCGAAACUCCAUGAGGAACACCAGAAGAACCGGGACAUUCACGAUUAUUACGGUACUUCUACGGCAAAUCAGAGAAAGUUUUCAGUUCGUGGCAAGCUCCGAAGACGCUCAUCUAGUGACACAGAGGUCAUGGAGGACACAAAACGCUCCCAGCAGAUCAGACAGCAGAUGUCAAUGUUCUCAAACAAUCUUACCAAGGUUGACGAGCAGAAGCGGCAGAAGGAUCGCGAGGCAGUGCUCGCCGCAGCCCAGCGCAAUGUCAAAGCCAGGCUCCAGGGCAUGGACGACAAGCUAUUUCAGGAGACCGGCCGUGUAGCCCCCUCUUUGCUGAGCGAGUGGGAGCUUAAGGCACAUGCCGCUGCACAGGCGCGUAGCGACGCCCGUAAAGAUGAGAAUUACGGCAAGGUUGACAUUGGCGGUGGCAAGUUCAUGGACCAGCAGGCCGUGGAUGAGAUCGCUGCCAAGCGCGUACAACCAGUCCUAGAUGAAAUCAACGAGAAAGCCGAAAUCGAGAGGGAGAGACAGGCGGCCCUGAAAUUAGAACAAGAAAAAAGGCAGGAGGAGAUUGACACGCAAAAAGCUCGCGACAAGGAGAUUAAGGAUAUUCAUCGCAAGCUGAAAGGUAUGCCCUGCAUCGUGUACAAAUCAUUUGCUCGUGAGUCUAACUUUGUGACAGAACAAGAAAAGGCUGAAGAGAAAGCCCGAAAAGAGGAGCUGAAGCAGGAAGAGAAGAAUAGGAAGGAGGAGGAGAAAGCCGCAAAAGCAGAGCAGAAGCGCAUUGCCAAGGAGGAAAAGCACAAGUCCAAGGAUAAGGACGUUGAUACUGCCCCAGUCGCUACGGAUGCAGCUGUUGAGAGUCCGUCCGAGCCCUCGCCGGUCGUCGAGAAGGCUGCGGUCUUGGUGCCGCGCCCCGUUACUCCUCAACAGCGAACGAAUACAAAGGACUCAGACGAUAAGUCUUCCGACCUGCCUGAAGAGGCUGCCGCGUCUCCCUCGCAUAAGGUGAGGAACUGGCUGAAGUCGCGUUUCAGUCGACCACGAGCCAAGUCCUCAUCGGUUGACGAGAGCGCCAACAAGCAGGGCUUCAUUGGCGGUGCCGCCUUGACAGGCCUCCACGCCGAUGGCACGGGUAGUAUGACCAGCCUGGAGCAGCGCAGCGCGAGCAUGCGGGAGGUUGCUAUGGCCGGGAAACAGCCAGCCGAGCGGACAUCAUAUUUCGCAAAAGACGAGCCGGGUGAGAGCAGCAAGACUGCCGAGGAGAGGGGCAGAGACGCCGAGGUCAGCAGUCUGAGCAGCGACGAUGAGACUUUCGAUGACGCGAACGACACCUUCUCACCUCCGAAGGCCAUCAAGGACCCGGCCACAUCGCGGAGGAGCAGCGGAAGCCCGUCUAGGGACUCGCGAUUUCGAGAGAUCAUUGAGUAG